CGUCUCGAUUGCUCAAACCCGACAAGAUCUCCCGCCCGAAACGCGCCGCGUGAUUUUUCAUUCUGAGUCAGUCAGUUUUUUUCGCAGUAAUUUCGAAACGAACGAGGAAAAAAUUUCCCGCGAGAAGGAAAAACUUUAUAUUAUUUGCAAUGAUUUAAUAAUCGUUCCGGACAGCAGCAGCAGCAGUGCUUGACUUUUCCGAAAAGUGCAGUGCAACGAAUAAAUAUUAGUCAGGCCCAGUGUGGCCAGCAGCGGAGGCCAAUUGGGGUGGCAAUUAAUUUUCCCGAAAGUCGGAAAAGUUAACGUUUUGCAGUUGUAGGGGGAAGUAAAAUGGGUAGUUUUCAGUCGACCCACGCUCGCGAGCAAGAGUCGCGACCGGUGGAGGACGAAGUGAAGGGGAAGGAGAGUGUUGGGGAGGAGGAAGAGAGAACUGUUCAGCCAACUAGCGAUCCGCUAGUGAAUAAAAGUUGUGCAAUAAUCGAGAAGGAAACAGCGACAGCAGCAGCGUCGGAAGAAUCGCUCCCAACGGUCGAACACGAUGCCUCUACGGAAGAUCCGGACGAGUUCGAAUCGUGCUGCGAUGGAAGCGUCGAAAGAUGCACGGAACUGGCCGAAUUCCGCGAGGAACUGGCCAGAAAUCGUGGCCUGCGGCAAGCCAAAAUGGCGGACAUCAAGCAAGAGAUGGAACAGCUGCGUGCGAGCUUGACCGAAGAACGAAGCAAGAAUCGCGCGUUGAUUCGCUACAUCCAAAGCAAAGAAGCGGGGUCAUCGGAACCGUUUGCGGAGCAAACGACGCUAACGAUCGUCGAAACAGCUGCCGAAGCGGAAGCAGAACAAAGCGACACCAACACCGACGCACGGCUCACGGUGAAGAAAGACUUGGCUGAGUCACAGCUACAGCUUCAGCAGGCGAACGGCGAACUGCUCUCGCUACAGUCCACCGUCGAUCAGUUGCGCGGCCAAAUUCAAGCGCUCCAGACGCCGUCCGAGGAGGAGCAAGCGGCUCGUGACGAACGUAACCGGGAGUUCCGGAAGCAGCAGGCGGAUCUUGCCGAUGCGCAGUUUCACCUGCAGCUCGCAAACGCCGAAGUGCUGUCCAUGCAGACGGACAUCAGUCAGCUGAAGACGCAGAUCAAGGGGCUGAAAGACGUUAUCAAGGCGGGAAAGGAGAUUAUCAACAUACGGGAGGAUCAGGUGGAGAAGCUUAAGGCGAAACUGCGCCAGAUCGAGGACUCGCUGGCGGAGCGUGAGAUGCAGAUUAUGUCCUCGGAUCUGCGCCGCCAGUACGAACGACAAAUGGCCAACAUCCGCAGUCUGCGCGAGCUGUACGAGGAGCGGGAACGCGUCUCCCGGAUGGAGCGGGACAAUCUGCUGAGGCAGCUGGAGCUGCGCAAGAAUGACCUCGAAGCCGAGCAGGAAAAAAACAAAAAUCUCGAAUCACACGUCGCUUCGCUGCAAACCGACCUGGAAGCGUCCAAAACCGAGCUGUUUGCCACCAAGGAACAACUCAGUCAAUCCGAAGCCCAAGCGCGGCAACUGCAGUCCGAGAUGACCGUGGUGAACCGGUUCAUCUCCAAGUUUUUGCUCGGCAUGAGCCAAAAGCAGGCCACCAGCAGCGUCCGGCUGGACAAGCUGGCCGAGGUGCUGGCCGAGAAUCGUGACCUGCUGAUUGAGAUGACCAAACAGGAGGCGGAAACGUUUGAUUUGGGCGCGUUUUUGCCCCGCGCGUUGUACGACCUGGUGGCCGAAGUGGACCAGGAGGAGGAGAGCGGGGGGAUUGCUUUGGGGGAUGAGGAAAUGCUGAACGAGGUUCAGAAGGCGUCACCGGAACAGAUUGCCGACAAGCUGCCCAAGGUUUGGCGGGUGUUAAUCGAGCUGGUGAAUCACCAGGAGCGGGCCGAGCAGGUGCCGUUUGUGGAAAAUGGUGAAUCAGAAGAAUGUCUCAAGACGGAACAGACGAAGAAUGGGCCGAAGCUGGUGGUCAGCGUUAGCAAGACGUAUCUAAAACUUAAGGACCUCAUUCUGGAGAAGAAAUCGCUCAAGAAGGAAACGAACCGCCUGAAGACGCUAAAUACCCACCUCGAGCGCCGGCUGGAAUCGCAGGAGAAACGCCUCAGCGUGGUGAGCCUGGAGUUGACCAAGACGUGGCACCUGGUUGGCAAGAUGCAGCGCCAACACCGUCAACUGCACACCCAGGAGCAGAUCCUGCGCUACCAUCUGCAGCAGAAGCGCCGGCUGUUGGGCGAGCUGAAGGAGGAGCUCGAGUACUGCCGGCUGAAGUGGUCCGCGGCACGGGCCAAGCACACCGAGUCCGAGGACCAGUGGCGCCAGCUGAAGGCCGAUUUUGCCGCCCGGAAGCAGCAGGACUCGCUGAACGCGUCCGGUGAGAGUGGGUACAGCGAUGAACAGCCCACGACGGACGAUGAGGACGAUGGGGUAGGAGGAGGUCAGCUGGAGUUCAAGAAGAAGCUGGGAAGGAAGGGUUGCAGCAGCCUGGUUGAGUUCCGCCGGAGUGCCUCGCUGGGGAAUGUGUUGCUGUUGCAGGUUGCGGAAAUGUUGGAGAUGCGAAAGUGUCACAGCGAGUCCGACAUGAAGUCGUUGGGCAACGUUGAGAGGGCGAAUCAGUUCUGCAACGAGAAGAUUGAGGAUUUGCCGAUCUUUCCGGAGGAUGAGAUUGCCUGCGGGGUAAAGAAGAAAGCCAAAAAGGGAAGAAAGAAGAAGAGAGGUGGUCCGGAAACGGCUGAAGAGAUGUUCCUGAGAUUGGCCGGACUUGUACAGGACACGAACGAGGAGGAAGAUGAGGACGACUCGGAUGAGGAUCUGCCAGAUGAUUCGGAGUGUUCGGAGAUUGAGAAGAUCGAACAACGUGAGUCGACGCCAGUUAAAGAACCUGAACUGACCAGCGAGGAGUUGUUCAACAUGAAACGAGAAGCAAGGUUGAAGCGAAUGGCCGAACUGAACUCUAAACUAGACAACUACUCAAGCAGCCCAAAUACCUCAAACGACAAUACUAUUUCAGAAACAGAUUCAGCAGAAGCAGGUCCAUCCUCCCAGGUGUUGACCUCCAACGAACAAGACGCGAUGCAACGAAGAGCCGAUCGACUCGAACGUCUAGAACGAGAAGCUCGCGAGUUCCGUCACAAACUGUCCCGUACCGUAACUCGUGGCAGCGAAAUAUCCGCUCAAAUUGACGGAAUCCACAACGGAUUCAUUGCACGACAGUCGGAGUCCCCGGUCCCAGGAAGUUCCUCAGAAACCCAACCCACAAGCCCACGCCCUUCAGAAAUCCCACCGGAAGACCUAGCCCUCCUAACCGACCGCGAACGUAACUACACUCAGAGCCGUUCCGAACGACUUCAACAGCUCGAAGGUCACAGCCAGUCACUGCUGGACCAAAUGAAUCGCUCACUCAAGCGAGGCUCACGACUAACAACCCAACUCGACCUUCUUCACAGACGAUACGGCGGCAGCAACGCUGAUCAGCAAGAUCAAGCCAAUUCCACCACCGCAACCUCCGUAGAGCCACAAGAGCAACCCGUCGAACCCCAAGAAACGCCAGACUCCGUCGACAGCGUCCUGCUUGAACACUCAAUCCUCAUACCGCCAAACGGUCCCAUCGAGCUCAUCCUGGUCUCCGACGAGGAAAUUCUCGAGGAAGUCGACCAGCUGUUGCCCACCCCCAGUAAUGCUAUCUCAACGCACGAAGAAGACGCCGAAGGCGGCGAAGAUGAAAACUAAAUCACACUCUUUUGUUAGACUAACGAACAAAUAACCACUCCGAUUCAAAAGACGUGUCCACCAGAGAAUGUCGUCACUUAACGGAUUAAUGCACUAACUAAAGCUAUUUUAUUUAUAUACUCAACGCAUGUCGAAACGUUUCUGUGUUAAAACAAACUGUGUAAUCUCUUCUUCCUGAAAACAAUGUGAAAUAAACGAACACGAGCAAA